AAAUCCGCUAACAGGGGAGCUCUGUGCAUUUGUUAGACAUCUUGGCUGCUUGCCCAACUUGGCUCAUUGUAAUCGAGGCAUGAUCGUGGACUCCAGGCAGCCCUCUCUGCCGCCUCGGCCGCCUCACGCCAGGACCCAGCCCAGCUCUCUCCGCUGACAUGGACAAACCCGCCUCCACAGACAUGAUGCCCAAGAGGGAUCAUGAGAGGGACCUGGAGCUGGACAAGAAGAUCCAGGCUCUCCGCAGGAAGAACGAAGCGCUCAUGAAGAGGUACAAGGAGGUGGAAGAGGACAAGAAAAGGGCGGAAGAGGAAGGAAUGGCGCUGCAGAGCAGAAAGGGCAAAGCUGACGAUCUCACCAUCACAAUCAGCAAGUCCACCAGUGACAGUCGAGUGGUGGUGACGAAGCCAUUCAGCAGCGGCUCGCCAGCUGGGAAAGGACAGCAGGAGGCCGGGCCCGACAGAGGGGGAGACGGACCCCCGCAGGAUGCUGGCCGAGGCCACAGGAAGCAGCUGACAGUCACAAUGGCGGGUAGAAAGGGUAAGAGGGUGGUGAGUGAGAAGUCGGAGAAGAGGCCGGGCCCCGCGGAUGUCAAGAGCCCUACAGAUGACGGACAGGCGAGGCGUGCGGAGUCGGCGGGGAGGGGGAAGCAGCCAGCUCACAUGACCAGGAGAGACGCGGCGGCGCAGGAGGAGAUCAAACCGGGGCAGAAGCACGCUGAGGAGCAAAGCGGCGUGGCAGAGCAAAGUCAGGAGCCGGAGAGCCCGCAGGCCGGCACGGACCUCAACAUCCCCACGUCCAAGGAGGAGCAGGAGGAGUAUCUGCGCUGGAAGAAGGAGCGCGAACAGAUCGACAGGGAGCGGGUGGCGCGCCAUAAAAACGCCAAGGGCCAGUGGAGACGGGCGUGGGACAUGGACAAAACCGAGAACAUGUUUUCAGAGAAAUCCCUCCCUGACAGAGACUGGGGCCCCUCCGGCAGAGGUGGAAGAAGUGCCAGAAAAGGACAAGCCAGAGCAGGCGGUGAUUCAAGAGGUCAUGACAAGCGAGGAAAAGAUAAAGGAGCUAAAAAUGUGCAAGUGAUGAGCAGCAAAGCAAAAGGCAAAGAUCGUCUGACGGGGAGAGCGAGGAGAUGGCAGCCAGAUGAGGAUGGAGAGAACCCUCAGAUUUUGGAUACAACACUGGAGGAGUUCCUGGAGGAACUCGACGCCCUCACAGAGGAGGUUGAGGUUACAGACACGAAAACAAAGUCGCCGCCCAGCCCAGAUUCACUGAGCACGCCUGACGAGGUGAGCGGGUCCAGAGACGACGCCCCGAGUCAGGGGAAGACCGCCGCUACGGAGAAGAAAGUACGUUUCUCAGAGGAUCUGGUCCAGGCGGCUCCUCCCAGGCAAACCGCCGCCUCUCAAGACUCUGUCGCUUCGGACGCCAGAGGUCCGCGCUCUGCGAAAGCCUCCUCGCCCAAAAAGAACAAGCCGGAACUGCGGGGGUCUCAGAAACCUCCGGUCAGUGCCAGACAGGACGACGCCAGCCCUCAGGAUAAAGGAGGCGGCCCGGCUGCUCCUCUCGAUGCUCAGCAGCAGGCGCCUCAGACUGAACAUACUGAAAAGGACAGCAGCCCCCCCACACUUACCAGCCCCCCUCCUGCUGAGAAGGCCUCCGCGUCUCAGCCUGUGGAGCUCGCCAAAUGCAACAUGAGCAACACAAACGCAGAUGAACUAAUAGACUCCGGUUUGUCUGUCCUGAGCCUGGAGUCAGGAGAAACACACCCAGCACACCCCACCAGCAGCGACAAGGCAAGAGAGCACGGGAAGAUUGUCUGACUUUUUUUUGGGAUGUAAAUAACUGAAACCAAAACACCAUUUGGAAGCUUUUUUUUUUCUUUCUUUUUGCUUCAGGUACCCCGUUUAUGGCUUACAAGCAAAAACACGUGGUUUUAUUUUUGCCGUGGCAUGUCCCACCUGUUGGUGUUUUAUCUCGACGGAGCUCCAGUCAAACAUUUCAGAGGGUCAGAUAUUUUCACAUCCAAGCACUUUAUUGUUAGACGAGCCUGUGUGCUGACACAUCAUUUGAUCGGUUGGUACGCUGCUUGAGUGCAAUAUCAUUGAAUGUUUACAUUUGUAUGAAAA